AUGGCCCCCCGCCGGCCGCUGGCCCUCGCCGCGCUGCUGCUGCUGCUGCUGCUGGCCCUCGUCACCGCCGGUGCCACGCCGGGGGCAUCGUGGAGUGCUGUGCCCAGGAGGACUGUCCCCUACGCGGAGCUGCGGGACACGGCCAAGCGCUUCUCUCAGGGCGGGGUCUCUCACUACCUGACGCUGACGCUGGACGAGGCCGAGGGGCUGCUCUACGUGGGUGCCCGUGAGGCCGUGUUCGCCCUGGCCACCGGCACCGUGGAGCUCAAGGCGGCGAUCUCGUGGGAGGCGCCCGUGGAGAAGAAAGCGGAGUGCGUGCAGAAGGGCAAGAACAACCAGACCGACUGCUUCAACUACGUGCGCUUCCUGCAGAGCUACAACAGCUCCCACCUCUAUGCCUGUGGCACCUACGCCUUCCAGCCCAAGUGCACCUACAUCGUGAAGCCCCACUUCGUGGCGUCGGCCUUCGUGCCCGAGAGCGCGGGCAGCGGCAGCGGUGACGAUGACAAGGUUUACUUCUUCUUCAGCGAGCGCGCCGUCGAGUAUGACUGCUACGCCGAGCAGGUGGUGGCACGGGUGGCACGGGUCUGCAAGCCUCCCCUGCAGUGCAUCACCGACUGGCACCGGCAGAACGGCUUUGCCAGCUCUCUGGAGCUGCCUGACAACACGCUCAACUUCGCCAAGAAGCACCCGCUGAUGGACGAGCCGGUGCCACCCCAGCGCGGGCGCCCGCUGCUGCUCAAGAAGGAUGCCAACUUCACCCAGCUCGUGGUGGACCGGGUGGCCGGGCUGGAUGGGACCACCUACGAGGUGCUGUUCAUCGGCACAGGUGACGGCUGGGUGCACAAGGCGCUGGAUUUGGGCUCCCGCAUCCACCUGGUGGAGGAGCUGCAGGUGUUCGAGCCGGCACAGCCCGUGGAGAGCCUGGUGCUGGCGGGCACCAAGAAGCUGCUGUUCGCCGGGUCCCGCCUGCAGGUGGCACAGCUGCCCCUGGCAGAGUGCGGGCGAUACCAGUCCUGCACCGACUGCGUGCUGGCACGGGACCCCUACUGCGCCUGGAGCCGCAACGGCAGCGCCUGCGUGCGCACCGACGGGAACAACGGGNNNNCCAUCCCAUCCCAUCCAUGGACCCCAUCCCAUUAUCCCAUCUCAUCCCAUUAUCCCACCCCACUCCAUCCCCACUGACCCCCUGUCCCCGCAGGGCCCCUGACUCCCAAGAACGUGACGGUGGUGGCGGGCACAGACCUGGUGCUCACGUGUCGCCUGGGCUCCAACCUGGCGCGGGCUCUCUGGACGUUCGAGGGCCGGGCGCUGGCGGCCGAGCAGGUGCUGGUGCUGGGCGAGGCGCGGCUGCGGGCGCUGGUGGUGCCGGGCGCGGGGGCGCAGCACAGCGGCACGUACCGCUGCCUGGCCGAGGAGCAGGGCGCCCGCCUGCCCGCGCAGGAGUACCGGGUGGCCGUGCUGGCGGGCCCGGGGGCGCCGCUGGAGACGCGGGCGCCGCUGGAGAGCCUGGGCGUGGUGUGGGUGCUGGCCGUGUGCCUGGGCGCCCUGUGCCUGCUGCUGCUGCUGGCCGUGCUGUCGCUGUGGCGCCGGCUGCGCCACGAGCUGGGCAAGGGCGCCAAGGCCAUCGAGAGCACGCUGGUGUACCCCAUCGAGCUGCCCAAGGAGCCGCCCAGCCCGCGCUUCGUGUCCAGCGCCGCCUCCGACUCGGACGAGAAGCUCUGGGACCCCUCCAGUUAUUACUACUCGGACGGCUCGCUCAAAAUCGUGCCCGGCCACGCCAGCACGGCCGGCAGCGCCUGCUGCCGCAACGGCGGCCCCGGGGCCGGCUCGCCGCCCGCCGCCAUCCCCGGGCAGCCGCUGCACUCGCCCACCCGCAUCCACCUGGGCCCCCUGCGCGGCUCCGCCUCCAACGGCUACAUCCGCCUGGCGCUGGGCGCCGAGGAGCGCCCGGCCUGCGCCGACCUGGCCGAGGAGCUGCGGCGCAAGCUGCAACAGCGCCAGCCCCUGCCCGACUCCAACCCCGAGGAGUCGUCGGUGUGA